AUGACUGCCAGCGGUAUGCAGAAACCUUCCAACACCAAAGAGGAAAGGAAGUUAAGAAAACCUUUGAUUGAAAGGAAACGAAGAGAGAGGAUUAACAAUUGCUUGGAUCAGCUCAAGGAGACUGUUGUUGGGGCCUUUCAACUUGAUCAAUCUAAACUUGAAAAAGCAGAUAUCCUUGAAAUGACAGUAAAACAUCUCCAGAAUAUCCAAAACAGCAAAAAUAUGGAUUCCAAAACGGGCCUAGAAGCUCAGCAGAGAUACAGCACUGGAUACAUUCAGUGUAUGCAUGAAGUCCACAACCUCCUCCUCACCUGCGAAUGGAUGGACAAGACCCUCGGAGCACGGUUGCUGAAGCACCUGCUGAAAUCCUUGCCCAGGUCUACUGAGGAAAGCCACAAGGCAGACCUGAAUUCUUCUACCCCUGAGAGCGGCAAGAGGAAUGCAACAGGGUCCAGCCAACCUCAGGAUCAGUUCUACCACACUGAGGACAAACAGGGGUUAAAAAAGUCAUUGCAGUCACAACCGCCCUCACGUUGUAGUCAGCGCGAGUUGUCGCCUCCCAGUCAGAUCCUGCAGCCCCAUUUUGCACAUAAUGUUGUUAGCAUGGGGUCAUUAGACAUGUGGAGACCAUGGUAA